AUGCAAAAACAUGAUGCCGGCAAGAAAUUGCCAACGGCAACUCCUUCAACCAAAGGCCUUCUACAAGAAUCUCACAGCCAAUGCCUCACCAACAUGCUCUUGGACGAAAGGAAUUUCCUUCCUUGGUCACGAGCUGUAACCGUAGCUCUUGGUGGCUGCUCGAAACUCGGCCACAUCAAUGGUAAAAUCGAAGCUCAUCCAGAAGAUGAUCUCGGAUAUGAAGAGUGGCUUGCCAGUGACAACUCUGUUAUGUCCUGGAUCUUCAACUCCGUGGAGCCCUAUAUCUACGAGAUUUUUGCAUACUCCAAUUCAGCUCAAGCACUAUGGGAUGCGUUGGUUGGAAUAGAGGAGACAGAUCGAAUCUUUCCACUUCUGACUAGCCUUCGGCCUGAAUAUGAUGAUCUCAAACGACAGAUCCCCAUGAGUCCAGUCUUGCCGUCCCUCACUGAAGUCUGUGCCGUGAUCCAAGGAGAGGAAACCAAGCGUCAGGUCAUGAAUCCAACACCGGCGACCUAG